GUGUGGGAUCCUUCGUCGAGCUGCACGAUUGGUCGAUCGGAGUGCUUGCUUCCUCCUCACCCCCGCAACUUCUCGCUUCUCGCCGCCCUUGCCUCCCUCCUCCUACCGUCUUCCCCCGAACAUAACGCACCCUUAAAAUGAAUGUACACAAGUUGUAUUUCCGGCCAGAUACUGCCAAAAUGAGGGUGCGUUGUGCUCGGGGAAGACGGUAGGAGUGCUUGUUCAUCCUCACCGAGCUAACUCUGCCUGUAGCUGAACGAGGGACACGAUCGUUGGCCCUCCAUCCCUCACUUCAGAGGGGGUAGGGGAUGGACAUUCGUCCGCGCGCGCGGCAAGUCCCGCCCCGUGUAACAGGACCCCCGCGCGGCGAACUUCCGCCUACAGGCGCAUUCGUCUUGAGGUUGGAGAGGCCACGUGCUGUCCGAUCAAAACCGCGAGCGUUGCCCUUCGCAAUCCACGUCAACGAUGACGAUGACAACGAUGCCGACGACGCCGACGACAGUGGCAGCGAUGACGAUGCCGCCGCCGCCGCCGACGACGACGAUGCCGACGAUGGCGAUGCAGAAGAGAAGCACGCGACGUGGAUGACGGUCACGAACGCGCUGAAGACGGCGAUGACGGCGACGAAGAUGAUGGCCGCGGUGUCGUUGACGAUGCCGAUGAUGGCAACGAAGAUAACGAUAAAGGUGCUGCAGACGAAAAGGCGAGAUGGCAACGAUGGCAGUGAUGGCGAUGUCGUGUCAGCAACGUUCCUCGACGACCACUUGCACGUUUCGUAAGACCGGGGGCAAGGUUCCACUUGCACGGAGGAGGAAGCGUCGUUGAAGAGGAGGACGCUGAGGCGGACGGGGGGAGGCAUCCGAAUCGAAGAGGGGGGAAUUGAAGCUCCUGUAGAAAGACGACGUGGAAGAGGCCGCUCAAGAGCCGACGACGUCAUGGACGUGGAAGCCGCAGCGGCAUCGAGGGAGGGCUUGGCAGUUGGCAUCGUACAACCGCAUCGCGCGGCCGUUCCACGUUUCAACGAUGCCCCGGACGCGCAAGAGUCUGCGGUCUGCGCACGAACACCAACAACCCCGCAACAGCGGACUCGGACGGCUGCAGACAUUGCAGGUGGUUCACAAGCGGUCGCUCAAGGGAACAAGAACCAUUCUCCUGCACAGGAGGUGCAAGGGGCCGCUGUGGGGGGAGCUUUACAUGCGAGGCAUGUUGCGAGGGCAGGGGAUGUCGUCGGAGAGGGGGAGGAUGAUGAAGCGCUGGUGAACAGGGUGCAGCGGCGGAAUACACGGGAUGGAAUGGAGGCGGUGUCGAAGCUGUGGGUAGAUGACUUGUGCUUCUGGAACGAAACCGAAGGAAACACCAUAGUCAAGUUGAUACAGGAAGCACACUUGUAUCUUGUGGCGGUGGCGCGGGGAGUGCAGCCUCCGGCCGUUCGUCGAAGCAUCGUUUUGCCUCAUACCACCAUCCCGCAACACAAAAUCAAGGACGAAACAGAGUUCAACGUUGCGAAGGAGAGGGCGUUCAAGGUGCAGACCAUCACUUUGCGAGUGAUCCACGGACCACGGUUGCCACUGUGGUUCAUUGGCGCCGACAUCGAAGACAAGCACGAGAACGACGACUUGGCGGCGUAUCAGGAGGCGAGCAUCCUGCGACUGGUGGGGACUUUCACUAGCGCCGUGAGCAUGGCGGAAGGGAUCGAUGGCGGGCGGGUGUCGUAUAAAAGGUUGAAGAGCGUUGCGGACAUGAUGAGGAUAAUGCUCACGGCGACCAUGUGGUUCAUGCGGAUGAGCGGGGACGAUCAUCGCGCGCACUACGACACGUGGGUUUUCAUCCAACUCACAGCGAAGCCAAUGCUCGUGGCAUCCAUGCAUUGUUCAUUCGAUGCGCGUCGCCAUAUCCUGCAAGCUGCUACCGUCAUCACGGACAAGUUGGCGAGACCCCUCAUGACUUUGGUAGACCCUCCGUUGUACAUCCCUGACUUGACGUCGGCGGGGGGGGUUGAUGAAGCGUUCGUGGCGACGGUCUUCGACGUGGCCGUCGAAGAAUUUCUGGAGUUUUCUAAGACGGGCGCGUAGUGGACACGGUCAUCGCAUGGUGGGAUAUGGUGGUCAUCAUUUGUCCUGGAGAGAUGGUUAAGUGGGAUUCGGGGGGGGGGGGGGGGGGGGCAGUGGGGUGGGUGGUUGUGAGGGGGGUGAUCGAUCAUGGGAGGGGACAUUCUCGUGUUGCGGGUCGUUGCUGUGGCGGAUCGAUUGUCAUAGGGGUGUUUCAUGAACCUUUCCUUAUUUUUUGUUUCGGAAAUGGAUCAUCCAUUGUGUCAUCUGUUGAAGCGAACAUCUAAUUCUUCAACUUUAUUCAUGAAUUCUACAGCUUUGCGGUG